CUUACAUCGAUGUCACACUCCUCAGUUAGUACCUGACGGUGCCAGUCUGGUCGCGCUUAAAAGUGGGUCGUAUAGAAUAAAUGCUAAUUAUAGGCAACAGCAUAUGUUAGUAAGAUCAGGAUAGAGAAAAAUAAAGAUGAAGCACGUUUCCAUGAUCCCGUCCAUGAAGUGCAACAGACUGAAACUCAUUGUUUGUCACUGAAACCGAUGAGGCUGAGUAGACUGUCUUACCUUAUCGAUCCUUCGUCUAACGCCGAAACUGUUCAUGGACCAAAGACGUUUAAUUCCCCCUACUAUUCUGUAGGAAGUAUUCAAAUAUGGAACCAUGUUGCGUGUUUGGGACUUAGUUUUUGACAACAAUUUGUCCAAUGUGGUACUUUAUUCUGUAUGACAUUAUUCUAUUUGAGUGUAGUGUUUGUUCAAGUCACGAUGUUCUUGUAUUAAAUCAACAUGAACUAUGUUCAGCAUGACAUUCAGCAUAUGAUCUGGAUAACUUAUUAUUUUUCAUGAUUAUUACUUUCCAACAUGAUCGUCUUUAAUGUGCUAACUACUCGGUCCUCUACGGGCCUUUCCCUGAGGCAAUAUGAACAAUAAAACACGUGUGGUUAUAUACAAGGGAACUAUUUACAAAUAUAAAACUCAUCAUCCACAAUAUAUAGAAAUUAUAACUCAAUUCAAUGAUAAAAAUUCAUAUUUAAUUAUUUAUCAGUCUAAAUCUAAAUGGAAAUCUAAAUUUAAUUCGAAUAGUACUAAUUGGAUUAUUCAAAAAUUUUUAUUACAUCAAUUUAAUGAAAAUAAACAAACUAAUCAAAUUGGAAUAGAUUCAACAGGACCAACAACAACAGCAACAACAACAAGAUCAACGAAUAUACCAUCCAAUACUACUACUAAUACUACUCAUAGUAAUACUAGGACUACUAACACUAAUACUACUACUACUGCCAAUACUAAUACUAAUACUACUAUUAAUAGUAAUACUGAUACUAAUACUAAUACUACUACUACUGCCAAUACUAACACUAAUCCUACUACUAAUAGUAAUAGUAAUACUACUAAUACUAACACCAGUACUACUACUACUACUACUACUACUACUACUACUACUACUACUAAUACUAAUACUAUUUCAUUGAAUUUAAUUAAUGAUUAUUCAAAUGAUAAUGAUUAUAUAAGACAAAAAACGAAUUCAAUUAUUGAAUCAUUAAAUGAUUUAUUUUAUGCAACAAUAUUAUAUAGAAAUAAUAAAUCAAAUUAUAAUUUAUCAUUUAAAUUAUCUAAAACAAAAUUCAAAUGGUUACAUAAUUAUUCACAAAAAUCAAUGAAUUAUAUUCAUCAUUCAUUAUCAACAGGAUCAUCUUGUCAUUCUGUAAAUAAUUAUUCAUCAUCAUUUAAAAAAUCCUACAAAAGCAAAUCAUGUAAAUUAAUUCAUUCUAAUUCACAACCAAUUGAUUCAACUGUAUCUAUGAUUUCUAAUUUAUGUAUAUCUAAUGAGUUAAAUACAAGUCAACAAAUGUGUACAAAGAAUCAACCUAAAUAUACUACUACUACUACUACUACUACUACUACUACUACUACUAACAACAACAACAAUAAUAAUAAUUUUGUCAAUGAUACAUCCAAUAUUCUACUUGGUUUAUUUCUGGAAUCAGGAAAACAUUUUAUAUUUGAAUUUAAUACAAUACAUGAAAGAAAUUUAUGCUUAGCAUCAUUAAAUAAAAUUAUUACUAUGAAUAAACAAAUGAAUGCUUAUCCAGAUAUUGAGUUUGCAUGGUCUGUUAAUGUUCAUUUUAAACCAAAAGAUUAUACAAGUGCCUGUUUAAUUCCAAACAAUAAUGGAUCACAUUACUUAUGUUUGACUUGUACAGAAAUACUUUUAAUUCAAGGAAAUUUACGUAUACCGAAAUUAAUUAUUUUAUAUCGAUUUGUACGUCAAUGUGUAUCACGUAGAGAUGGUCAAUUUCGUAUUUAUACUGGUCGUGCAUCACCAAUCGGUGAAUGUGAAAUUAUAUUUCAAUUAGCUGAUCAUACAGAAGCAGUAUAUGUACAUGAACAAUUUACACGACUUAUGCGUCAGGCUAGUGUAAAUACACCAUCAUUAUCAUUGUCUUCAUCAUCUUCAUCUUCAAAUUCUGGAUGGAAUCGAUUUGGUUAUAGUCAGAAUAAUUUACCUCCAUUGCCAAGACCAAUUUCAUUAUCUCAAAAUAAUCCAUUAUUAUCUGCAGUGAAUUUACAACCAAUAAAAUGCUUAACUCGUUCCAAGUCUAUAUCCAUCAUUUACAAUAAUAAUGAUAAUAAUUCCAUGGACAACAAAAAGAAUAAUCCCAUAGACGACGACGACAAGAAGAAUCAUUCCAUGAACAAUAACAACAAGAAGAAUAAUCUUGAUUAUAAUGAAUGUAACAUACUAAACUACAAGAAAAAUGUAUUACAUCAAUCAUGUCCGUUAUUAUUAUUCAAUACUAUCAAAGAUAAUUACCUCUUGGAUCAUCAUGAUCAACAAUAUUCAAAAGAAAUAAAAUCAAUACAAAAUGAUCAUAAUGAUACUAUAAUAAUCAAUAAUGAAAUAAAAGAAAUUAAUGACAACGCUACAUCUCAUUAUUUGGAAAUGAAUUUAUGUGAUAACAAUAUAAAAGAAGAUAAUAAGAAUUCAGUUCAUCUUAGAAAUCAAUCUAUAUUACAUAAUCGAAUCAAAGCAUUUUCUACAUGUUCACCAUUAGAUUUAAUAUUUACAUCAUCGCAAUUAUUUAAUGAAAUAGUAUCAUUCAAAAAAGUAUUAUGUCCAACUAUUCAACAACAACAACAAUCAUCAUCUUCAUCUAUGUCAAAUAGUAAUAUUAUUAUUAGUCAUCGUGAUAAUAAUGAUCUAUUUGCACAAUUAUUCUUUGAAAAACCACACAAUCCAUAUUCAUUAUCAUCUUCAUCUUCAUAUGUUAUUGGAAAACAAGAUCAAUUAUCUUCAUUAACUUCAUUACAUUAUUCUAAUCAAAGUCAAUCAACAUCAACUAGAUCACAUAAUAGUUUGUUUCAUAAUAAUAAUAAUAUUCAUAAUAAUAGUAAUGGUAUUAAUACUACUUGUAAUAGUAUCAGUAGUAGUUUAUCACCUAUGAUGAUAACAACUUCUAGUGGUUCAUCUAUAUUUUUAAAUUGUGGUAAUAGUAUUCAUGGUGGUAAUAGUAAUAGUAAUAGUAAUAGUAAUAGUAGUAGUACUAGUAGUACAAAUGUUAGACCAAGAACAUCAAGUGAUGUUAGUAAUAUGCGUAGAUCAUAUUUCUAUCAUUCACGUGUACAUUAUCCUCAUCAUCUUCAACAACAACAACACCAACAACAAUCAACUAUGACACAUACUCAUUAUCUUCAUCAUUCACAACAACGUCAGGAAUAUUCUCCUCGUCCUUUAAGUACCAUCGAUUAUCAAACAUCACAGAAUAUGAUUUCUAAUUUAAAAUUAAGUAGAGAUUUAAGUAGUAUUAAUGAAUUAUUACCAGUGAAUAAUUCAAGCAUUAUAAAUCCAAUUAGUAGACCACGUGCAGCAACUACUGGAUCGAAUUUAUUAUUAAAUAAACAACGUUUAUCAAUAGUAUUAAAUCAUUUAAAAAUGAAUUGGUUUAAAAAACAAUCAAAUAUGAAAAAAAUCACUCAUCACAAUUUAACUACUAUUAAUUAUGCUACUAAAUAUAAUACUAGUAGUAUAAAUGAUAAUACGAAAAAAAUGAAUGAAGAUCAAAAUGAUGAUGGCAAUGAUGAUGAAUAUGUUGAAACAUUUCCUAUGAAUAUGAAUAUAUUAUCGAAUAAUUUAAAUUCAUUAACAUUACAAACAAAUCUAUUACCAAAUUUAUCAAAUCAUUAUAUGAUUUUAUAAGUUACAAACUAGUUUGAUGUAAUCAUUUAAUGUACAUAAACAUGUGAUGCUUAACAGCAUUUAUUACUUGUACAUGAUAUGAUCUCUUUGUUGAGGGAUUCUAAUUCACUUAAAACAUUACUUACUUACUUACUUACUUAUGCCUGUUACACCUCGUAGACGAGGAGAAGGAGGAGAAGUGUAGACUGACCAUCGAUACUUUCUAUCUAACCUUAUCCUGAGUAAUUGUUUUACAGUUAUUUAUUUUUUCUAAAAUGUAUGAUUCAAUUUUGUUCUAUAUACCAUUGUAUUUUUAUAAAGCCAUUUACUUAAACCGCCCCGCUCCCCCCCGAAAUUUUAUUCACCUAUUUUUUUUAUAAAAAAAAAUCAUUCCAUUUGUGAAAUUUUUUUAUCAUUAUCAUAUUUAACUAUUAAAGGAAUAUUCUUCUUUUUCAUCCAUUUUGUUUUAUUCAGUUAUGGUAUUAUGAAAAUUACCUACUUACUUACUUACUUACUUACUUACACCUGUUACUCCCAAUGGAGCAUAGGCCGCCGACCAGCAUCCUCCAACCUACUCUGUCCUGGGCCUUCUUUUCUAGUUCAUGGAAAAUAUUGAACUAGAUUUCAAAUAAAAAAAAUGUAAAAACUAUAAACUUGAAUAAAGAGGUCAUUAAUUUAAAAAGAAAAAAAAAGAAAGAAAAAAAGAAAAGUGAAUAUGAAUUCAUUCAAUAAACAAUAAAAUGAUCAACGGCAACAACAACAAGAACGACAACAAAAGGAAAAGAGAAAAGCAUCCGGAUACAAUAGAUUAAAGUUAGUGUAGAAAGCAAUUUCCUACAGGUUUAAUUCUGAGCUAUUCUCUAGACUGUCGAAUACAGAGUCUUAGUUUAGCCAAAGUCAGAACAAGUAAGCUAUUUGGUUAGAUAAACUUUAUUUGUUUUUCGAAAACAUUAAUUAACAUCGUUAGUGUACAAACAAACAAGUGCGGUUUAUUAAUACAGGGAAAAAACAGACACAAAUAACAUAUCGAACAUUAGCCAGAGAAUAGGGAAAAUGAGUCAACAAAGUAAAUAUUGUUUUACAAUAAACAUCAAACUGUCAUUGGUUAAUAAAGAGAUUCAAUUGUACAAAGUCAAAAGAAGUUAAUAGGGUAGUGGGCGUUUCCCUUUAUUAUUGGUGGGUUCGUCUAUCGAUCACAUUUUACACUCCCCCCGAAACGCGCACCACGUCCAUUGUCCAGGGUCGUUGUCGCCCUCAGACAACCGGCUUCUUCUAGCAGACAUAGGCUUUGCACAUCUCUGAUGAUUUCUUCGUUUGAAGUUCUCAACUUUGCCGUACGGACUCGUCCGUCCGGGCCAUAGCUUACUUGCUCGACAAUAGCCUUAGGUCAUAGACCUCUAUUCAUUUCGACGUUACUAACAAGGACUAAGUCACCCGGUUGUAAGUUCUUGUGUACGUCCAACCAUUUGUCUCUUGUUUGGAGAGUCGGUAAAUAUUCUUUUAUCCAUCUAUUCCAGAAUGCGGUGGUUAGUCUUUGAGCUUCUUUC